AUGCGCACUGAGCACAUCCGCUCUUCUCCAUCCUGGUGCAAUGAGCACUCGCGCUACAACUGUGUUUUUGUAAACACAGACUCCGAUUUACCUGGCAUGCGAGGCCUCGAGGUUGCUCAAGUUUGCACUUUUUUUUCAUUCAAGUAUCGGGGUAAUACAUAUCCCUGCGCCGUGAUACACUGGUUUGACAAGGUUGGCGACACUGCAGACGAAGAUACGGGAAUGUGGAUCGUUAGUCCCGCAGGUGGCGCAUCCAAGCACGCUGUCAUUCACGUCGACACUAUCUAUUGUGCUGCGCAUCUCAUUCCGGUGUAUGGCAUGGAGUUUUUGCCUCAGGGAUUCAAAUGUCACGACUCGUAUGACACAUUUCGAACUUACUACGUGAAUAAGUAUGCUGACCACCAUGCAUUUGAGAUUGCAUUUUGA